UUUGAUGAAAAAAAAAAAAGAAUACCAUCACGAUUACAGCUCUGCUUCUUCAACGUUCAAACAAGCAAGAAAAAACCCAAAACCCGAAGUUUAUUUUCUUUUGUUUACUCUACUCUGCAAUGUUUUCAAUCUUCAUUAAUGGCGUCUUAGCUGUGGGGAUUCAGAGAGGAACACUACCUCUCUGAAAUUUCCCGGUCUUUGUAUUUUUGGUUUUUUUUUUUGUUUAUGUUGUUUGGACCGGUGGAAAAGGGGAAAAAGCAGCGAGAAAAGGAAGCUGGAAGUGAAAUUUGAAAGGAAAAAAGACUAAUUCUUGUUCUCGCUGUAAAUGGAGUUUAAGUCUAUUUUUCUGGGUUGAGUUGGUUUAAUUAGUACAGUUUGUGAUUGAUAAAUUUUCUUUCAUUUGGAUUUAUGGCUCUACUCGUUUUCAGAUGCGGCAAAUGGUUUCGUGGGAAUGUUAAAUGUCUUAAAGAAGCACUCAUGAGUUUCAGCAAGGAAAAGCCACUGUUGGAAUAAAUUUUCUUCACAAACAUUAUUUGAUAAGCGGCACUGAUCCCUUGUCUGAUUUAGUCGAAAUCUUCGUGAAGCAGAUCCGCUUUGUUUGAGGGAAAAAAGGCGGUCAUUUCAGCUUUACUUCGGAGCAUACCUCCUUUGGCAUCAUAGUUUAUAUAUAUAUAUGUGUGUGUGUGUGUGUGCGCGCGCGAGUGUGUGUGAAGUUGCUGAAUUGGAAAAUCUUGUUUGGCAGUAGUUACUAAAAGUUCCUUCGGUCAGGUGAAUUUCCAAAGAAAGGAGUGUUUAUUGAUCAUCAUUUGCAGUUAUUUAUAUCGGGAUCUCUCCUUUCAUGCUAGGAACUUCACACUGACCUUCGAAGAAAAACACCUCGAAAGUUUACUCCCUUCGGAAGUUUCCUCCGGUGUAAACUUUUGGACCCGUUUGGGCAAAUCUCCUUUGGCAUUUGGAGUUCAUAGUUAACUCCCUUCGUCCGUUUUAGGGCAAAUCUCCUUUGGCAUUAGAGUCAACAUAUCCUCUUCAGGACAUUUGACUCACUAUCUGUUACGAACAAUUGAACCAACUAGAAGAUACAUUCCGUGAUUCGUAACAGAAGAAUAUAAUCAUAUCCUUGGCUGCGCCUUCUUUCGGGAUUGACUAUUAACUCACUAUCCUUAUUACCAUUUAACUUGGACCCAUCAUAUCUUCGGUGCUUCAGUUUGUUCAAGCAGGAGUGAAGUACUGGUGCUUGCGCCAUCUUUUAUGGUCGUUUCUGUCUAGCAUAGGUCGUGCUCUUAAAGAUAGCAAAGCUUUGAAAGUAAAAAUCGUGCCCGAAGAUUGUUUUAUUUCUAAGGUGGUGAAAAAUGGAUAUGCUACUCACCGAUUCUGAUUGGGAAACAUUUAGUGAAAGUGGCAGUAGUGAGGAACAAGAAGACACAGAGUUUCUGUAUGGUGGCCGGGCUUGUACCAUUCUAUCAAGUCUAGAAGAAAGUAUUGGGAAAAUUGAUGACCUUCUCUCGUUUGAGAGGGGGUUCUUUCAUGGAGACAUUGUACGCUCCGUAACAGAUCCAUGUGGACAGAUGGGCAGAGUUGUUGAUAUUGAUAUGUUUGUGGAUCUUGAGACUGUUAAUGGGAAAGUCAUAAAAGAUAUAAAUUCAAACCAACUUUUGAAGAUCCGCUCCAUUUCUGUUGGGGAUUAUGUUGUUAAUUCGACUUGGAUUGGUAAAGUGGAUAAAGUUGUUGACCGUGUUACUAUUGUCUUUGAUGACGGUUCAAAAUGUGAAGUCACUGCCAUGGGUCAAGACAAGCUUGUGCCUGUUUCUCCCAACUUAAUUGACGACUUGCAAUAUCCGUAUUAUCCAGGACAGAGAGUACGGGUUGUGCCUUCGGAUUAUUCUAGUUCAACUGGAUGGUUAUGUGGUACCUGGAGGGAAAAUCGGGAUGAAGGAACUGUUUCUAGUGUGGAAGCAGGUUUUGUUUAUGUUGAUUGGAUUUCCUCUGCUCACCUAGAUCAUGAUAUGAGUGCCUCUCCUCCCUCGCAUUUGCAGGAGGCAAAAGACUUAACUUUGUUGGUGUCUUUUCCCCAUGCAAAUUGGCAGCUCGGUGAUUGGUGUAUGCUUUCUUUUGCUGAUGGCAAGGGAACUUCUCGAAAGUUUCUCCACCCAUCAACUCGUGACUUGAUUAACGAUAACUGGAAACUAGAAAAAGGAUUUAAAAUAGGAAACCCGGGAUCAAGACUGGAGGAACUCUUUGUUAUCAUCAAGACAAGGACCAAAGUUAAUGUUAUGUGGCAAGAUGGUACUUGCAGUAUGGGACUAGAUUCACAUACUUUACUUCCUGUUAGUGUUACAAACGCUCACGAAUUUUGGCCUCAUCAGUUUGUCUUUGAAAAGGGAACCAAUGGCGAUACUCAAAGAUGGGGUGUGGUUCGCGGUGUGGAUGCAAAAGAACGAACGGUUAAGGUACUGUGGAGAAAUAAGGCCGUGACUCAAGCAAAUGAUUUUGACAGAGAGCAGAUGGAGGAAACUGUUAGUGCUUAUGAACUUGUUGAGCACCCAAAUUACUGCUACUGUUUCGGUGACAUUGUGGUUAAGGCAAUUCGGAACCAUUUUGGCGAUCAGGCUGAAAAAGGUACCGAAGCUGCUUCGGAAGGCAAAAACAUGAAAAGGGAUGAGAACAACCGUCCCUGUGCAUAUUGUCCAUCCUGUAUUGGCGUUGUCAUUGGGUUUGAAGAUGGAAACUUGGAGGUGAAAUGGGCUUCUGGUAUUCCAACAAAGGUUGCACCAUAUGAAAUUUCCCGUAUUGAUAAGUGUGAAGGUUCAGCUACAACUCCCGGUCUCUAUGAAGAAAAUACCGAGGAUUUUAACGAAGAGAUGUUCGUGCAUGAGGCACAGUCUAAUAGCCACAAAGGAAAGGAGUUGCUGAGUUUCGAUAGUGCUCAUGGAAGUGGCGAGAAAUUCUCAUGGGCACCUGCUUCCUUCUUCCGUCCUCAAGCUGCUAUUGAAUUAUUCUCUAGCAUUGCUUCUAGCUUCCUUGGAUCCCUUGCUUCCGUAACACUUUUAAGCCAAGAGUCAUCUAGUUUUAUUUCUCAUGGUGCUAAAGAAGAUGACAUUCUUCUCGAGAAAGAAGUCUCGGAAACUUGCAAUGACUCUGCCGAGCUAGAUCCGAGUGAGAUGCAGAUAUUCGAAACAACAAACAUAAAGCAGGAAGUAGAAGAGAUCGAAGAAAACAAUAUGAUGCCAAGACUUGACGAGACUUCCAGUCGAUACAGGCAGUUUGAUAUGGUUAGUGAUUGCUCCGAUCACCAUUUCCUUGGUGAAAGCAAGGUGUUGGCCAUGUCUCAGGUGAAACGAAGUUGGGUGAAAAAGGUUCAACAAGAAUGGAGUAUCCUAGAGAAAAAUCUUCCUGAAAUUAUCUAUGUUCGUGUAUAUGAGGAAAGGAUGGAUCUACUACGAGCGGUCCUUGUUGGUGCCCCUGGCACGCCCUACCAUGACGGGCUGUUCUUUUUCGACAUUUUUCUCCCUUCUAACUAUCCGUACGAACCACCUUCGGUGCACUACCAUUCAUGGGGGCUACGCCUCAAUCCGAACCUGUAUGAAUCAGGGAAGGUUUGCUUAAGCCUUCUAAAUACGUGGACAGGUUCCGACACUGAGGUCUGGAAUCCAGGAAGCUCCACUAUUCUACAAGUUCUUCUGUCCCUCCAGGCUCUUGUGCUUAAUGAGAAACCUUAUUUCAACGAAGCUGGAUACGAUAGACAGUUAGGAAGACCCGAGGGGGAGACAAAUUCGGUGAGCUACAAUGAAAACGCGUUCCUCGUCACCUGCCAGUCUAUGCUUUAUGUACUCCGCAAGCCACCCAAGCAUUUCGAGGCACUAGUCAAGGAGCAUUUUAGUAAACAUGCUGAAACCAUCAUCUCAGCUUGCAAUGCAUACAUGGAAGGUGCACCAGUAGGAUAUGCUCUCGAAUGUGGCAAAAAAGACCAUGAUGAAAACUUCAAAGGAAGUUCAACUGGAUUCAAAAUCAUGCUCUCGAAGCUUCUCCCGAAGCUUGUGGAGGCAUUUUCGGAUCAGGGAAUUGAUUGCAGCCAAUUCCGAGGGCUGAAUAAGUGAAUGUCCUGUUAUCAUAUCAUGAAUACCUUUGUAUAAUAUUCUUCACCAGAACUUUCGAAAAAAUGAAAAUCGAAUAAAGAUUCCUGCAAGGAAAGCUCUGUAUCAUAUAUCUCCAGGUGUGGUUUGGUGAAAAGAUUGCAAUGUUUUCUUAGUGCAUCACAGUCUAAAGCCAUGCUUAACAGGCUUUUACUAUGACUGUAUAGAACUGUUAUUGUUUGCAAAAACAAAUAAGAUUUGUGAAAUAAGAAGUGAAUGAUGAUUGGAUUGGUGUGCUUUUGAUAA